AUGAAGAAAGAAUACAGUAGCUUCCACGAUGGAUCGGAGCAGGGGAUCAAAUACUUUUUCCCUCACUGUAGCUGUGAUCAGUGUGGGAAGAGCUUUUCUCGAUCAGUACUCCUGAAUAGACACCAGUGCAUACACACAGGAGAGAAACCUUUUAGCUGUGAUCAGUGUGGAAAAAGCUUCAAUCAUUCAAGCCACCUGACUUCACACCAGCUAACACACACAGGAGAGAAACCUUUUAGCUGUGAUCAGUGUGGAAAAAGCUUCAAUCAUUCAAGCCACCUGACUUCACACCAGCUAACACACACUGGAGAGAAACAUUUUAGCUGUGAUCAGUGUGGGAAGAGCUUUGCUCGAUCAGUGACUCUGACUACACACCAGUGCAUACACACAGGAGAGAAGCCUUAUAGCUGUGAUCAGUGUGGAAAAAGCUUCAAUCAAUCAGGGAGCCUGAAUUCACACCAGCUAACACACACUGGAGAGAAACGUUUUAGCUGUGAUCAGUGUGGGAAGAGCUUUGCUCGGUCAGUAACUCUGACUAGACACAAGCGCAUACACAAUGGAGAGAAGCCUUAUAGCUGUGGUCAGUGUGGGAAGAGCUUCAGUCAAUCAGGAAACCUGAAUUCACACCAGCAAACACACACAGGAGAGAAGCCUUAUAGCUAUGAUCAGUGUGAGAAGAGCUUUGCUCGGUCAGGGAACCUGAAUACACACCAGCGAACACACACUGGAGAGAAACCCUAUGUCUGUCUAUGUGGAAAGGGCUUUGCUCAUUUAGGUCCAAUGAAAAAACACUAGAAAGCAAAAAUGUGUGAUGAAUAGAAAACAUCUAGUGAACAGUCAUAUCUAUCUCCCUUUCUUAAACAGUUUUCUUAUUCUGAUCACCAUGGUAACAUCUCUGGAUCAUAAUAUGCAGCUCUGAUCUAGGA